AAGAUUCAGCAGUGCUGCAUAGUUGUUUUGAUGCAAAUGAAAAAAGCUAGCGUCUGCAUCUAUCCAGCAGAGUUGUGAUGAUGUUUACAGCAACGUCAGGCUCCCAUUGGACACCACCAUUUUCUAAGGUAGUUGACAAACUUGUUUCUUUUAUUAAGUAAUUUUAGAUUAAUAUUGAGAUUUAAAAUAUGCAAAUUAUAACAUAAUGAUCAAGGGGUGUCAACAAAUAAUAGCUAGCAGACUCGAGCAUAAUAGCUCUUUAAUGCUUUGGCUUUAGUCUUGGCUAUUCUAAGAUCUGGUACAUCUGAUAUAUCAUUUAUGAACUAAUCCAAAAGAACAAAGUAGUUUGUUGUCAUUUUGAAUUCACUUUAGGGGAAAAAAAUCCUGGUCACACCGUCAUUUGAUCCAUCAUUGAAACCUACUGUGCACCUCCUCCACUCACACACCCACAUAGCCCAUUGACUGAUCAGUUUGCCUCUACAGUCCCUGAUGUGCUGUGUAUCAUCUGUCAGUGCGUGAGGCUGCGGUGAUGUCAUAUCUGGUGACAUCACUGCGGACGCGCACUGGGAGCAGAUUAGCGGAUGGUGGUAAAAAAAAAAAAAAAAAAAAAGAUUAGAUUAGAGGAUUGUGGACCAGGCUUCUCCAGCUGUUCCACCUUACCUCCCCUCCCUGCACUGGGCCUUUAUCCCCAUGUGCCUGUACACUCUGGCUGCAUGGGACACACUGCAAAUAGCCUUGGUUUCACCCCAGCCAGACCACCAAUUCCAAGUCAAAUUGAGCGUAACAAACCCCUCCCACCCAAAAUUCCCCCUCUCACUCUCUCCCAUUGCUAGUCACUUUGCCAAACUGUGGCCUGUUUUUCAGUGUAAAAAACCCACACAGCUUGAGUGUCCAUGGCUUAACAACAGACUAGCAGCAGGCAGUGGUUGACAAUAAGAGCAGAUACUUGCUCCACAGUUGACAGGACAAAGAGUGCGCACACUCCCACUGGAUAACACAGGGGGGCAGGGCCAAGCUAGGCUGCACCGCACACAAGCUCACACGUGACUCCCCCACCCCCCAAUGAACAGCAUAUGCAGGCUCCUCCCCGUGCCAGGACACACAAAUGGGAGGUGCAGUCCACUCAGUGAUAGCAACAGAAGCUGAGAUUGGGAAAAGGAAGAGAAGAAAGCUUUAAAAAAAUGACUUUCAACUUGAUUCAUUGUUCACUGGCAAUUUUGAAUACUGGAGAUUGUGUCCCAUUUCUGAGGCGAGACAGGAAGUAGGACAUGCAGUGUGCGGACUGAGAAGAGAAGGAUAGAGGGAGCCGCGUUUCUCCACCCCUCUCCUUAAAGCAGCAGCAGCAGCAGAGAGAGAGGUAGGAGUCAGAACGCAGGCACUGACUGAGCUGUCUGCAUCUGCAACAGGACCAAAUGAAUCCCUGAGAACAGCUAGUGCUACUAACAUCCCUGUCCACUCCGCUGUCUAUUUCUCGGCUUGGGUCGCUUAGAAGAAUUCUGACAAUGACUGGUCUCAUUUAAUGCCAAGGCUGAAGGAGUCUCGCUCCCAUGAAUCUUUGCUCAGCCCUAGCAGUGCUGUGGAAGCCCUGGACCUAAGCAUGGAGGACGAAGUCAUCAUCAAGCCCGUUCACAGCAGCAUCCUCGGGCAGGACUACUGCUUUGAGGUCACCACCUCCACGGGAAGCAAAUGCUUUUCCUGUCGUUCAUCAGCCGAGAGAGACAAAUGGAUGGAGAAUCUGAGGAGAGCGGUGCAGCCCAACAAGGACAACAGCCGACGAGUGGAGAACUUGCUGCGUCUCUGGAUCAUCGAGGCCAAAGACCUACCUGCCAAAAAGAAGUACUUUUGUGAACUGUGUCUGGAUGACUGUCUUUAUGCCCGCACCACGUGUAAGCUCAAAACUGACAAUGUGUUUUGGGGAGAGCACUUUGAGUUCAACAACCUCCCUGCUGUCAAAAACAUCACAGCGCACUUGUACAAAGAUACGGACAAGAAGAAGAAGAAAGACAAGAACAACUACAUCGGACUGGUCAGUAUCCCUGUUGCCGCGGUGACGGGACGGCAGUUUGUGGAGAAGUGGUAUCCCGUCAGCACUCCCAUCCCCCCUAAAGCAAAGACUUCUGGGCCAAUGAUUAGAAUUAAGGCCCGCUACCAGACCAUGAACAUACUUCCCAUGGAGAUGUACAAGGAGUUUGCGGAAUACACCACUAAUAACUACAUGUUGUUAUGCUCAGUGCUGGAGCCGGGCAUAAGUGUGAAAAACAAAGAGGAGAUGGCAUGUGCGCUGGUGCAUAUUCUGCAGAGUACUGGCAAAGCAAAGGACUUCCUGACAGAUUUGAUGAUGUCAGAAGUGGAUCGCUGUGGAGAGAAUGAGCACCUCAUCUUCAGAGAAAACACACUGGCCACAAAGGCUAUAGAGGAAUACCUCAAAUUAGUAGGGCAAAAAUAUCUGCAAGAUGCCCUUGGUGAAUUCAUCAAGGCUCUGUACGAGUCAGAUGAGAACUGUGAGGUGGAUCCGUCCAAGUGUUCAUCAGGAGACCUCCCAGAACACCAGAGUAACCUGAAGAUGUGCUGCGAGCUGGCCUUCUGUAAAAUCAUCAACUCUUACUGUGUGUUUCCUCGUGAGCUGAAGGAAGUGUUUGCGUCUUGGCGUCAGGAGUGUAGUAACCGGGGGCGACCGGACAUCAGCGAGCGUCUCAUCAGUGCAUCUCUGUUUCUGAGGUUCCUCUGUCCCGCCAUCAUGUCCCCAUCACUCUUCAACUUAAUGCAGGAGUACCCAGAUGACCGCACGGCACGCACUCUCACUCUCAUCGCUAAAGUCACGCAAAACCUGGCCAAUUUUACCAAAUUUGGAAACAAAGAGGAGUACAUGUCAUUUAUGAACCAGUUCCUUGAGCAUGAGUGGACCAACAUGCAGCGUUUUCUCCUGGAAAUCUCCAACCCAGAGACAAUCUCAAACACAGCAGGCUUCGAAGGCUACAUUGACCUGGGCCGUGAGCUCUCCACCCUGCACUCCCUCCUCUCAGAAGUGGUGUCCCAGAUGGAUCAGAGUGCCACCUCCAAGCUAGGACCACUGCCCAGGAUCCUGCGAGAAGUGACCACAGCUCUGACAAACCCAUCCAGUAUGCAGAUUACACCAGGACAAUCUACCGAACAUAUGGGCUCCCCUCCGGCUGAGGCAGGCUGUAGCAUCUCCACAGGCCUGCAGAAGAUGGUCAUAGACAAUGACCUCUCAGGAUUGGUGGAUUUCACUAGAUUACCAUCACCAACGCCAGAAAACAAAGACCUGUUCUUUGUGACUAGGAGCUCAGGGAUUCAACCUUCUCCAGCACGGAGCUCAAGCUAUUCCGAGACGAACGAGCCUGACUUGGGAAUGCCUAAUGGUAGUAAGAGCCUAUCUAUGGUGGACCUCCAAGACCCCCGCAUCCUGGAAAGUGGUCCAGGCCCCAGUUCCUCUGAUGGUGCGGGUGAAGGUCCUGCCAAUGGUGUGAGCUGGACCACCAGAGCUCCACAGAACAAUAUUGCAGGAGGCCCAACCUUGAGGAGGCCAGGCCAGAGCCCGACCACACCAGUAACAGAGGGUACAAACCGUCCUGGGCAGCUCCUCGCACCCCUUUCCUUCCAAAAUCCAGUCUACCAGAUGGCUGCCUGUUUGCCAGUUUCUCCUCGUGGCUUGAAUGACUCCGGAUCGGAAUGCCACAGCUCUGUUAGUUCCCAUAGCAACAAUGAGGACCCACCUGGAGCCAAGCACACCUUCAUGACACAGGGGGUGGGGGGAGGCGGGAGCAGUGGGGACGAGUACACCAGGCGCUCUGGGGAGUUCACCCGGCGACAGAUGUCCCUUGGCGAUGCGCAGAACCAGCCCACUGUCCCAAGGCAGAACAGUGCAGGACCACAGAGGAGGAUAGACCAGCCCCCUCCACAGAGCAUGACCAGCAGACGCACGCCCCCCAAUCUCCUCAACAGUGGCCCCUAUCCCAGGCCCUCAUCCGGGACAAUGAUGACCUCCUCACCAGACUGGCCCGCUGGAGCACGGCUAAGGCAGCAGUCGUCCUCCUCCAAAGGGGACAGUCCAGAGACUAAGCACAGGCCACAGCACAAGCAGGCCCCUUCCCCAGUGAACCCCAGUGCUUUGGACCGUACAGCAGCCUGGCUAUUGAAUAUGAAUGUGCAGUAUUUAGACCAUGAGGGGAUGGAGCCACUCAGAAACAGGGAGGAUCUGACACAGGUGGAAAAGUAUCAGCAGGAGAUUGCAGUGCUACAGGAGAAGCUGAGAGCCUCUGUGCAGAAACUGGAGGAGUAUGAGGCGCGUCUGAAAGGCCAGGAUGAGCAGGCUCAGAAGGUCCUGAUGGAGUACCAGGCCCGGCUGGAAGAGUCCGAGGAGAGGCUGAGGAGGCAGCAGGAUGACAAAGAUCUACAGAUGAAGAGCAUAAUUAGCAGGCUCAUGUCGGUGGAGGAGGAGCUGAAAAAGGAUCACUCAGACAUGCAGGCCGUGGUGGACUCCAAACAGAAAAUCAUUGAUGCACAGGAGAAACGUAUCCAGUCUCUCGAUGCAGCCAACGCGAGGCUGAUGAGCGCCCUGACACAACUGAAGGAGCGCUACAGCAUGCAAAGUCGAAAUGGCAUCUCCCCCACCAACCCCACCAAGCUCCAGAUCACAGAAAACGGAGAGUUUCGAAACAGCAGCAACUGUUAGAUGAUUAUGCAUGUGGGGAAGCAUGUAAUGUAAGAGAAACUGCAUUGUGGCUGUUGGGAUACCUGGCGGACAUUUUGCUUUAUGGAUUUUGAAGGACCAAGCCAGAGAAGGAGGUGGGACUUGAGCAUGACUGACAGAUCACCAGACAGCCUUCGAGAGAGCUUGUAUAUAUAGUAUAACACAUAAAAACAGUACAGUUACACACACUGGGAGAAAGCAGGACCCUGUUUGUUGGGACGAACCACUAUCAAUCUACACAAGAUGAGUGCCGGACCCAUUGCCCCUAGCAACCCUCGUCUCUCUGUUUGACUGAAGUGGACUCGGCUUAAAUAACUAUAACACCAUCACGGAUUAUCUCUUUGUUAUUUUAAGAGGAUUAAUGCUUUAUUUUCAUUGUUUAUUAAGAACCAAAUAGGAGCUUAAAAUAUUUAUAAUCCAAAACAAUCUUCUGGUCACCUCUUGGAUGUGUCCCUCUCUUCUUUCUCUAUUGUUCUCUCGCUCUCUCCGUCCCUAUCUAGUGCACUUUGUGAAGAAAAGCUAUUGGUACAUGAAACGCCUUAAAACACACCACUCUUUACCUACAAUCCCGUUCUACUUCUGCAAAAAAGGCACAACUUAUACUGUGGAUUUGUAAAAAUUGGUUGUACACACCUAAUGUAUACUAAAAUCUAUGUGAUAACGCUAUAAAAAAAACUUUUAAUAUAGAUGUAUGCAUUUUCUUCUAUAGAUUAUACAUUCAUAUAGCUAUAUUUGAUAAUGUCAGAUGUAAAAUGGCUCCUUUUUGUUCGAAGUGAGGUGCUAGGUUUUUGUUUUCUGUUGCAAUCCGAUGACUAGUUGGAGAAGACAGCAGAUCCAUACAUGACCAGUGUUGCUACAUUCUACUUAGCCCUUUACAAACCGUGUACAACAUGUUUUACAGAAUUCUAACCACCUCUCGGGGCUUUGUGUUGUUGGUAAACAUAAAUCGGCUCCAGCAGCCCCACAACUAUCCAGACAUUCAUUCUGUACACUGGACUGGUGAGCCACCCCUGCAACAGGCUCUUACACCUCUGCAUUUACCUACUGUGACUCUGCUAGCGAGUCCUUUGAACACGGAUCAUGCAUCAACAUUACGACCACUAGCAUGAUUGGUUAUUUUAAUGUUUGGUUUAAUUCUACAGAGUAGACCCUUACACCACUAACUGUGAACUGUCAUUUCUCUUCUGUCAAAACAUGACUUCAUCAACUUUGAAAUUUGUUGCUCUACUUUAACAUCUUCUUCCUCUACUCAAUAUUGAUGAGUUGCAUCAAAAAUAUUAAACCUGGUUGCGAAUAUAUCUUUGUGCAACAUUAACACAACCAAUGAUGCAGGUACAGGUCAUAUUGCUAGCCCUGAUUGGUGUACCUUUUAAGCCAGACUCCAUAGUUCUGAAUGUGAAGAUGCUCACACAUGGUCUUACCUUGAGGUUAUAUGUCCCUCUAACGGUUAUACUUUGUAUAUUUUAUUUUUAUUUUAUUUUUAAGUGAGGCUUUGCAUGCUUCUUCAUUGUUUUAGAGCCAAUAGCAGCGUGAAAUUACACCCUUAUUUUAUUGCGAGAUGGAAAGCGAUGGUGAUAAACUAAAUGGCUUGCUGCAGAUUUAUGUAGUAAAUAUAUAUAAGAUUAACAGAGUGUAUCUAGCGACUGGACAGCCUGAGAAAGUGUAAAUAAAUAAAUUGCUGACACUAUUUUUAUGUAAUGUUAACAAGAGCUUUUUGUAAAUGUUUUUGUCCUAAACCUCUGCUGUUACCAUUAUGGAUAUUGUAAAUAAAUAGCUCAGUCAGUGAUCUGCUCUCAUUGGGUAGAACUGUAUUUAGUCAGCCUUCUGUGUCCUCCCUGUUCAGUCUGUUGGCACUUUCUAUAUUAUGCUAGCCAAAAACAGAUUAGUCAGAUACUCAUGUUUUAAAGAAUAGAUUUCAGUGGUCCAAGGGGCUUCAGUUACAGUGAGAUUCGCAAGCACAAUCCUCUUUGACUCUAGCUCUAUGCACUUUUCUGUUCAGUACUAGUUGGCAAACGGCAAUUUUGUAGCACAGCACAUAAACAGUGUUGUGAUUGUGGACUUUAAAAAGAAACAUGUACUUGAGGAACUGCUGUAAAAAGAAAUAAUUUUAAUGAAAUACUUCACCAAAUAUAAUGCAUACUGAAAGUUAGAAUUAUGAUGACAGUAAAUUUAUUAAAUGUAUGUCUGAAUAACUUGCUCAGUUUAAGAUGUAGCUCUACUGAUGCCCCAUACAGGUGUUGACUUUGUAAAUAAAAUGUUUGUUGGACAUUAUUAAAUGGCCCAAAACAAUUGCAUUGAAUUGCCAUAUUUUGCAUAAGCAAAAUAUUUGACAUGUUUUAUUGCGUCAGUUAAUGGCAUCUCCACAGUUCCUCAACAGUUAAAAUCCACACGACAACCCAACAAAUUGAACAAUAAAGUAACACAUGUUGUAUGUUUUCUAUGAUCCUGUAGAAAUUACUUUUGUAAGUAUGUUGAGAGUAUAAAGUAUUUGCUGGAUUCUGCUUCCUUUGGCAACAGUGACAAAACAAUAAUGUACAGAACUUGUGUUGACAAAAUGUGGCUGUGCAAUUUAUGUACAUUUGCAACUAGACCUAUUAAAGUUUUAUUUAGCUAUUUUAAAGCUUA